AUGGGGGUGGGGGCCCAGCAUUCAGUGUCGCCGGUCAUUGACAGCAAUGGCAUGAGCUUGGACUUUGCCCAAAACCCUGAAAUGGGAUUGGACUUCUCCCAGAGCUCCAGCGCGUACUCUUCUGGGCCCUUCCAGCCUCUGGGUGGUAUUUGGGCGAACGACAUCGACCCCAGCAUGGCUCCGUUCAUCAACGAGAAUGUGGUCGACUCAAGUCCACUGUCCCAAGCUUCAAUUGAGCCCCUUCAGCUGCAGAACCCAUCCCCCAGUGUGGUCAAUGGGAUCGACCCCGGCGCAUCUCCGUUCAUAAAUGACAACGUGGUCACCUCAAGCCCGCUGUCCCAUACUUCUACUGAGCCCUCUCGGCUGCAGAAUGCAUCUCCAAGGGUGGUGCGGAGUGAUAAUAACAUCCACAUGGAGGUCAAUGGGAAGCAAGUCUUGUUCAGAACUGCUCAAAGGCAGUGGGACAUGGAGUCCAUUCUUCGCGCCUGCAACCGGUCUCAGGACCAGCAUCGGGCGUUCAAGAAGAAGCUCUCCAGGCUUGGACGCGUGGCAAGGGAAGGUCAUCGAAAAUACAUCUCUCUCCGGGAUGGUGUCCUACUCAUCCGCGCCGUGGGCCUCGAGACCGAGCUGGCAGACAUGAUUGCCAUGCUCCCCGAGUCGGUGCCGCCGGACGAGGAGAACUUCCUCCUCAGGUACCAACGAGGCCCGCAGAAGAACCACCUCGUCUACAACAACCACGAGAUCGCGUACAAGCCGGAGGCCGGCCUUAUCAAGGCAACUGACCUGGUCAAGAUUGCCAACGUGUCCCGGAGGACUCUGUUUGCGUAUUUCACCCGCUUUCCGAAAAUGAAGAAGGAGGUUGUCAAGGGUGGCGCGCACAGUGGAUCAUACAUUCUGCUUCAGGAUGUUCCCACUCUUUGCCGCGCUUUCAAUAUCGACCUCGAAGUUUACCAUCGUCUUCGGGAGAAGUUCCCAUCCUCGGAUCGUGGCCCAUUGGCCGAGCUGAAUGUGAACAGCGGCGAGAACCUCGCGAGCAAUACAGAGGUCUCAAUGACUGGUGAACCACCGCCUACCAAUGGCUCCGGCACCACCAAUCCCUCCUCCCCUUUUUGUGAGGAUUACUUCGGCCCCGAUGCCGAGUUCACGUUUCACGGAGAUGAGAACGCAAGACGCGCCGGCGACUCUUCGUCGCGAGUGGGCUCGCGUUCAUACAUUCCGCGAAAUCGCAUCAGCCCAGUUGAUGUCAAUACCGUCAACCAGGCGAGCCACGCGAGCAAUGCGAACUACGUGAGCCAUCACGGCUUCGGGAGCCUUGCGGGCUACGAGAGCAGUGACCCCCAAACCGGCCACAGUAGCCAUGGCAGCUCAGGCAGCCACGAGUUCCCCUCGUCAUUUUACAGGACCCGGGGCUCACUUGUUCUCGACUUAAAUCUCGAGGAUUAUACUCUUUCGCGAUAUUAUGACGACUUUACGAGGUGA